CCAAAGGUCCGACUGCAGACAGAAGAGACAGACAGAGAGACGCUGAACAUCACAGCAGAGGACCAGUGGACUUUACUCUACCUCCAGAUACUUACAGAAGAAGAAUGGGACUGCACAGUGUUGAGGAACUGGUGUCCAGCAAGAGGACAGAGGGCAAAGAGGCGGUCGACUUCCAAGGGGGCGUGUAUGAGGCAGCUGUCAAUCAAGAGAAGCAGGAUGACCGCAAGUCCCAUAGAGAGCUGGUGGACGGGGGUCUGUCCGAGGAGAGCGACAGUGGCAGCGAACAUGAGGAAGUCAGCGUGGCAGCGCUCAAUACGGAUAAAAGCGGCAGGCUGAAGUUGGAGACGGUGGACGACCUGUUCAACAUCCUGCAGCUGAAGAAGAGGAGGAGAGAGAGGAAGGUCCCUGUGCACAAGAAGAGACAACAGCCAGAGCCUGAGACUGUGCCAGAGUAUGUGGAUGAGCAGCUUUUUCUGACAGCAGCCAUGGAGAACAAAGUGCCUGUGGUGGAAAAGUACCUGACUGAUGGAGGAAACCCAAACGCAGCAGACCACUUUCAGAGAACAGCUCUGCACAAAGCCUCGUUUAAAGGACACGUGGACGUCAUGAAAAGACUCCUGGAGGCUGGAGCCGCCAUCGAUAAAAAAGACAAGCUGGAGGCCACAGCGGUGCACUGGGCCUGCAGAGGAGGCAGCCUGCCUGCCCUGCAGCUCCUCCUCGACCAGGGAGCCAAGUUCACCUACAGAGACAAGCUGCACAGCACUCCUCUCCACGUCGCUGUGAGGACGGGACACUGCGAGUGUGCCGAACAUCUCAUUCACUGUGGAGCAGAUGUCAACGCCAAAGACAGAGACGGAGACACGCCCAUGCACGAUGCUGUGAGAAUAAACAGGUUCAAGAUGAUCAGGCUGUUGAUGAUGUACGGAGCCAGCCUCAACACCAAGAACUGUGAUGGAAAAACUCCGAUGGAGACGCUGUAUUCGUGGCAGAACGGAGCCAAGAGCCUCAUGUGCAACUUCAGCCAGGAGAAACCCAACCAGUGAAACCAACACAUUCCAGUAAAAAUCAGGAAUACAACAAUGAGAUUCAGCCACAUAUGACAAAAACAUAUAUUUUUCCACUUUCUUUGAGUAAUUUGCAUUUAGUUCAGAUUAUGAACUGCUCGCUCACAUGUUGACUGACAGCACUCGAUGCCCUCAAGAAGUAACUGCUAAUAAAUCUAAGCUUGGCCCAGAUGGAAUCGUUUGAGUGCUGAGAUGUGUCAUGACUAGAUGGCAUCAGUGAUGUGACCUUCUUCUUGUUCAGGGAUUUGAGCUUCUCACCUUUCACACUUUCUCCUGGAGCCAUUUGGCAGGGUGUUGUUUUCUCAUCUGCAGUGAUAAUUAAAUGCAGGUAAGCUCUUGUUGAGAGUAAAAUGGGAGGAUCAACAAUGUUGUUACUCAAGGAUGUUUCUAGCAGUGUGAUGAUUAGCACUGAUAGAUUGAUGGAGCGCAAAAUAUUGCUGGACAAUGUCUCCGCUGACGGCAUGAAGAUUGUUUUGUUCUUUUUCUUAACUUUUUUAUUGAAGCUGAGUUGAAGUCAGCUGUGCUCCAUCUAGAAGAUGACAUAUUUAUUGAUUCAUGAGAAAUGUUCGCUUUCAGUUUCUUGGUUUUCAUUGAUUUCACUUGACACCGUAUACUUAAUAUUUGAGUGACAGUGUAGUGUUAACCGUUAGCUGGUUUAAGAAUGUGUUUUUUAUAUUUCAAGCAAUAACUUAGACUUAUUAGUAACUGAUGGAUGAUGACUGGGCCUGUAUUGCUUUAGGUUUUACAGAUGUACAUGUUCAGGAUCAACUUUUCUCACAGUUGCAUUGGAUCGACAGCAUGUCAACCAAUUCCACUGUGAAACUGUCAUUUUAUUAUUGUUUAUAUUCAUUCUUACUUUAUGUUUUUCUUCAGCUGAAAAGUAAGGAAGGAGGGACUAAUCCUCCCGUUACUGGGAGAUGAAGUGUGCAUUUGAAGGGGCAGGAUGUAGUAAGUCUUUGGAUCAGGUUGAGAAAAAUCUCUCCACUUGUUGGUUUGUUGAUUAUCUGCAGAUUUGUACUCAUUAAACCAUUCUAUUAAUUCUCUAAAAGGGCAAACUCAAAAAUGUCCACAACCCUAUAAACCAUAAUUUUGUAUUUGUUUGUAAGGCAUCAAUUUCCAUUUUUUAUAAACUGGAGCUCAAUUUGAACUUCCCAAGUCAUAGAUAUGAAUCAAAGGUUCCACUAAGAAAACAAAGAAAGAGCUUCAAUUGGCCCCUGCAGUACCACACCACUAUCAUGACAUCUGAUUAUGUACCGGUGAGGAUAUCGUGGGGCUAUAAUCUCUCCAGACUUCAUGUUAAACACAUGUCCUCAUCCUCACUUUGGACAAAAGCGUCUGCUAAAUGAAAACAUGAAACCUUGUGUUUGAAAUCAUAAAAGUGUAAGAGAGAGAGGAGAAGCUGAAAAGUCACAGUUGGUUCAGAGGAUGUUUGAGAAGUGUUCAUUAAAAAGGUUGUGAAAUAUUGAUUGUGAUAAAGGAUAUUUCUUAAUGUUUAAGAUGAUUGUACAUUUUGCUUUGUAUUUAUGGAUUGGCUCAAUAAAACUGAAUUUGAAUUU